GCAUAUUCACCUCUCUAGCUACAAAGCUGGCUCUGCAACAAUGGCUGCAGGUGGUGCUUCUCUUCUUGCUGCUGUCGUUGUUUUCUCCAUGCUGAUCACGUCUUCCCUGGGGGCCCCGAGGCCUUUAUGCAGCGAGUGCGAGACACAAUGCCCUACCAGCUGUCAGGCGGAGGCUGAAACCUUCUGCAGUGGCUACUGCCGCCGCGGCGGAGGCCUUCGGGAGGGCUGCCGGAGAUCCGUCUUUGAGGACUGCACCGUAAAGGGUACCUGCUGCAGUAGCAACGGCACAUGCACUUGCGACUGCAACACUGUGGCUGAAAGGAGUUGCAUCAGCAUCAGCGACGGCACCCUACAAUGUGAACCUUGCAAGCGCAGCAUAUCCGACCAGUGCGGUUCCACCUGUAGGAAUGACUGCAACAACAACUGCAAGAAGAAAGGGUGCCGCCAUGCCUAGGAAUAACAUGUAGUCGACCCGCUGCCUUGCAUAAGAAAUAACAUGGCUCACCGUAGUCGUGCGUAGACUUUUGUAGCAGCCAUGACCUCGUUCUGUGGGAUGGCAUAGAAUGAAUUAAUGGGUUGUGGCGCAUCACAUCCAGCGUUUUAGCUGGGGAUUUGCAUUCUGUUUAUCUAUACU